UUAAAAAAAUGAAUCUGAAUUUUCGUGUCUGCAAAAAAUUCUAUUUGACUAAAUUAAACACGGCUAAAAAUUAAGCAAAUAAAAUUAUAUACUUUAAGGGGCGAUAAAAUAUUAUUUCGAAACUGUGUAAAUGCAUGUCGUUAAUAAAAUUUUUAUGUGAAUUGAAUUAUCGGUAUCAAAGAUUAGACUUGUACCACUGAUCUAACACAAUAACAUUCCGAAAAAUGCCCAUUGCAGAUAUUUUAAAAAAGGCUUCUGAGUAUAUUUUAGGAAAUGAUAAAUUAAAGAAAAAGGUUGAAAAUGUUAGCAGUUCCAUAGAGGAAAACGAAGUGAUCUUUUGUAAAAACAACGUUUGUGUUCAUCCGCAAGCUCCUUUUAGUGAAGAUGUAGAUGUGCUGCACUGCCCAGGAUAUGUUAUUUUAAAUACCAAAACAUUUGUUGAUCAACAUAACGGAGCCAAAAGAUCCACGCUAUUAUUUACAUGGAUUCCUAAUUCCACCCUUAAAAAAUGCCAAUCAUUAGAAAAUGAAAAAAAUCAAUCAAAUUAUUCUACUUACAACAAUCAAAAAAACAAUAAAAAAUCUGAGGAAUUGGUGGUAUCCGAGAGAAAUUCUAUAAAAAACGGGUCAAUCACUAGAAUUAUAUGUAACAAUACUAAUCCUUUUAUAGAACCAUAUUAUGUCCCACCAACUAUAACUUCAACUCAAAGUGUUGAUGAAUGUACAAGUUACUCAAAUGCUGAUGGUGGAUAUGAAAGUACGGAUGACAUAGCUGAAUUUAAUAGAAAAAGUAGAAGCUGUGAAAAUGUUCAGGUACCAUUUGAUAACAAUGAAAAAGAGCUUACUGGCAAUUCAGAAACUUCAGAGGAUAUGUAUAGAACUGAGGCACAAGAACUUCAACCAUUAUUAAGUAACAAUCGGCAAAAUAUAAGAUGUCAUUCAAAUCCUUUUAAUUCAAAGCGAAAAAUCACAGUUAAUAUAACAAUUGCAAAUCCCUGCAUUGAAAACAUACAUACGCCUCUAAACGAAAUAGAUAUAGCGAGGUACAAAAAACUAUGCGCUACUCCGUUAGAUGCUAUAAAUGAAGAUAAUUCCAUUGAUCAUUAUUCAGAUGUUAUGGAUUUGAAAUAUAAUUCUUCUUCAGAAAGUUCAAGUACAUCUCCGGCUUCUAUUCAAAAAAAUUAUUUUAAAUGUAAAAGAUUUUCGAUUGAUUUAAGUCAAAUGAGAUCCCUGCGUUUGUUUUUUAAUGAUGAACGUUGUACUUCUGGACAUUUUGUUAUUACCUCACGGGAGAACCAAUUAAAAGUAUUACAUUUUCAUUACGGUGGCUUAGAUCAUUUAGCACAGGUGCUGCAUCAAUGGCACUGUAUAUUGCAUAAUGUAAAGUUGGUGUCAGGCCAGGAUCAGGAAGAUUCAAACUUAUUUUACAAACAAUUUUUAGUUUGUCGCCCUGAAAUAAAACAACUAGAAUUACAUCCAGACGAAGGAAAAGUAAAUAAAAUUACUACAGAUAGUUUUUAUGGAAUCAUUUUGAACGAAAAAGGGCAAAUAGAAGAUGAAGUGUUUUUGAGAAAAAGCAUUUUCUUUGGAGGAUUAGAGAAAUGUUUACGUAAAACUGUUUGGCCUUUUCUUUUACACUGCUAUCUAUUCAGUUCAACUUUUGAAGAUCGCGCACAUUUGGCUAAUAUUCGUAUGCAAGAAUAUGAAGAAAUUUGUCGACGACGAAAUUACACGAUGUCACCUGAAGAACAGGCUCAAUUUUGGCGAGCAGUCCAAUGCGUUAUUGAGAAAGACAUUAUCGAAACUGAACAUCGUAAUCCUUCGUAUUUAGAAAACGAUAAAGUUAGUUUAGAGAAAAUGAAAAAUAUUUUAUUAAAUUAUGCGUAUUAUAGCAAUGGAAAAUAUACUCAAGGAAUGAGUGAUCUUCUCGCACCAAUAUUGGUUGAAAUAAACAACGAAUCUGAAGCAUUUUGGUGUUUUGUUGGUCUUAUGCAGAAGCCAAUUUUUGCUGUACGAUCAUUUCAAGAAGACGAAAUUAAGAAAAAUAUUAAAUACUUAAGGGAAUUAAUUCGAAUUAUGCUUCCUAGAUUUAACGAUUAUUUAAAGGAGCACUGUGAUGAUAAUGAACUUUUGUUCUGUCACCGAUGGCUGUUACAAUAUUUUAAAAGGGAAUUCACCGAAUCAAUCGUUAUUCAAAUGUGGGAAGCAUGUUGGUCUAAUUAUCUUACCGAUUUUUUCCAUUUAUUUUUAUGCCUAUCUAUAACAGCGGUUUACGCUGAAGAUGUUAUUUCUCAAAAUUUAAACUCUAAUGAAAUGAUAUUACAUUUUCACUCUUUGGCAAUGUAUAUGGAUGGUGAACUUAUUCUAAGAAAGGCAAGAGGAUUACUACAUCAUUAUCGACAAUUAUCGAAAAUUCCAUGCACUCUUUCUGGCUUAUGUAAAAGAUGUGGUCCAGGAAUUUGGGAUUCAGCUCAUCAACCGGCAGUUGAAUGUAUUGGUCAUGUUGAAGAAGAAAAAUGCGCCUUAGCUGUUGAUUAA